AAAGUUAGCUAUCGGCUAAGCUAGGUCUUUCGGGAUGUGCCACAGCUGUCCUUGUGGAGAAACUCACCCGUUGGGGGGAUCGUGCCGCGUGGAGCCGGGUGUUCAUCACUUCGGGGGAUGCCAGGGCGAAACUGCAGGAGUUAGCACAUGCUGUUUUCCUCGGAAUUUGAUCCCAGAUGACGGCCUCCACUCGCAGGACGGUGCUGGCACUGUACAUGCGGGUGUUUCGUAUCGCCCGAACGUGGCAGGCGCAGAGUGAAGUUACAAGUGACACAGAAUCGGAGAGAAAAUACAUACUUCAGGAGGCCCGCACUCUGUUCAGACAAAACCAGCAGCUCCAAGAUCAAGAGUCAGUAAAGAGGUGCAUAGAGGAAUGUGAAGCAAGGAUAGAAAUAGGUCUCCAUUACAGGAACCCAUAUCCAAGGGCUACCUACUUGCCACCAAUGGGACUAGCAACUCAGAAGGGCAGGAAGCUGCGAGCGCAGCAGCGCCUGAGGAAGCAGGCCAAGCCAAUUUAUUUGCAGUCACAUGACGAGACCUGAUGCUUGAUUUCGUAGAUCCUCGCCGGGAGUUCAAGUUACCAAGGACAGGAGACAAGAGUGCAGUCACAAGCCGAUCGUGCGGAGGAUCGCAAGCUCUCAUUGAUGCAUGAACACUUGUCAUUCAGGGGGAAAAGCCAUGUUUCGUUGUCUUUUUUAAUUUUAUUCUGUAGACCUCGUAAACAAGGCUGCGUGGUCAGUGUGGUGUCACCUGUAAUAUAAAAUCCAAAAUUGUAUAUUUUAUUUAUUUUUCAUUGUAAAAAAAAAAAAGGUUGUAAUAAACACUUUCUAUAUUAAAUAGAAGAGUACAGAGAUAAACACUGGUGUUUAAAUGGUUUGUCAACAGAUAUGUUAAAGUAAAGUUCCAUAUUCUAGUAAUAAAUGUUAAUAUUGAUAUGAUGAA